AUGAUGUCCUACCUGAAGCAGCCGCCGUACACGGUGAACGGACUGAGCUUAUCUACCUCAGGAGUGGACCUGCUGCAUCCCUCCGUGGGGUAUCACGGUAAUACCCCUCAGGGAACCCCUCGCAAACAGAGGAGAGAGAGGACGACCUUCACCCGGGCCCAGCUCGACCUGCUGGAGAACCUGUUCAACAAGACCCGGUACCCCGACAUCUUCAUGAGGGAGGAGAUGGCCUUAAAGAUCAACCUGCCUGAGUCCAGAGUGCAGGUGUGGUUCAAAAACCGACGGGCCAAACACCGCCAACAGGCCCAGCAGACCCAGACUGGAGCCCAGAACAAGGCUGUCAGUAAGCCGGUGAAGAAGAAGAGCUCCCCGGUCCGAGAGAGCAGCUCUGAGAGCGGAGCCAGCGGCCAGUUCACGCCGCCCUCCAGCACCUCUCUGCCGGCCUUGAGCAGCAGCAGCAGCGGCAGCAGCAGCAGCGCAGCACCGGUGUCCAUCUGGAGCCCGGCCUCCAUCUCCCCUCUGUCCGACCCCCUGUCCACCUCCUCCUCCUCCUGCAUGCAGAGGUCCUACCCCAUGGCCUACAGCCAGGCGUCGGGCUACAACCAGGGCUACUCGGGCUCCUCGUCCUACUUCACAGGCAUGGACUGCGGCUCCUACCUUUCACCUAUGCACCACCAGCUCUCUGCAGCGGGCUCCUCCAUGAGCCCCAUGGGGAGCAGCGGGGUGUCCGGCCACCUGGGCUCCGGGUCCUCCCUGCCCUCGGCGGCCUAUGGAGCUGCAGGUCUGGGCUUCAGCAGCCCUGCAGACUGCCUGGACUACAAGGACCAAACGGCCUCCUCAUGGAAGCUCAAUUUCAAUGCAGAUUGUUUGGAUUACAAAGACCAGGCUGCGUGGAAAUUCCAAGUGUUGUGA